UUUAAAGGUGACUGAUGUUAACUCAGGGGAGUGUCUUCAGAACAUGACUCAUGAGAAACAGGACCGCAUCACAACCAUUCAGUGUCUUGAUGAUGAGAUACUAGUUGGAACCCUGUCUGGACGUUUCUUGAUCUGGAAUCGAACCCAUAGCACCCUUGACAGAGCAUACCAGGCCCUGGAUUCACCAAUCUAUAAACUGGUUGUACUCUCAGUUGAUGACAGGGAGACUAAAAUUCUCAUAGCAUCAGCUAAUGGCUCCAUUGGUGAGUGGGUUCUUGAAUCUAUGACCUGUGUGAGAAUCUUACAGGGACAUCGGGGUCCAGUAAGAGAUAUCCAGGUAUCUAAUGCUCGAGUUGUGAGCUGCAGCGAAGAUAAAACAGCCAGGAUCUGGGAUUUAAGUCCUCCGCCUCUUAAACCAGGAGAUGAAAAUGGAAUCAACCCAGAGAUAGUCAAUGAAAGAGAUAGUGACUAAGAGAGAUGGACAGAGAUGUUAGAAAAGAAUAAUGAUGCUUGAAGAUUUAAUAAGACAUUACAUUUACAGGGGGAAUAUACUUUGCUUAUACUGAAAGGAAGUGAAACUGAGAAAUACUAAAUUAAAGAGAUCGUGACUAAGAUAAGGCAAAAUAAGCAAAAAAUACUAUAUUACUAAGGGGUAGUAACUAAGAGAGAAUUGGAAAAGGAUAAGCUUGAUGGGUUUAAAAAGACAUCUGCAGGGACAUUUAUUACUUCUGCUAAGAGAGAAUAAUUGGGGAUUAGUCACUGAAAGGGACAGUUACUCAGAGAGAAUUAAAAAAAGUGAGUCUUACUAUAAAAGCAUAAUAACUAAGAGAAGUUAUAGUAAAAGUAAGAAAAUGACAGGGACUGAAAGCUAAGCCACAAAAAAGAAAAUGUCUAGUGUAUAGUUAGUGAAGUAGAAAACUAUAAGAGAUAGUAAAUAAAUUAUUAGAGAGUGGAAAAGUUAAUGACUUUGAUAUGUUUCUUUUCCUACCUCUGACAAUAAGCCAUUGAAUUCUUGUAUCUCUGGGAAUACAAGUGUUGUUCUCACUUACAUUCUUGAGAGAGCAUUACCCUUGGUGUGUAAUAGUUCUCUCUGAGUUGACAAGUAAACCAUCCAAUAUAUUAUCAUGAUUGGAGAAGCGUAUAUUAUUUCUUCCGGGGGUACCUGAUGAAUGUUUGCCUGUCUGCCGACAGUACUAGGCAUCCUAACAAUGAAUGACAAGAGAAUACUAGAAAUAAACUUUCAAAAUGAAUCUAAAUUCCAUCAAUUCUGUCAACUGUUUGGUUCAAAGUUCUUCCUCUACGUGCAUAUUUGGCAGUACAUGUAUUGUUAGUGACUGUUUUCCAUUUUGAUGCUGUGAUGACAAGUCAGUUUGUAUUCUCAUUCAUCUUAGUUGAGAUAUUCCACUCUACAUAACUUUAGAAAAUGAUUGUGUUCCAAUACAGAUAUUGUCCAGUAACGUUCAGAGUAUUACUAUGUAAACUAAUUAUGCAAAUUUUAUUCCGUCCAGUGUAUUUUAACCAAAGAUAAAGAAAAUGGAUUAUAUGAAUUCUGUAAUAUGCAGCUCAAGUAUUCUUACAAUUUUUAUAUAUCAAUUUAUUUGUAAAGUUAUGUAUAAAUAUAUAUAUAUUCAUGAGAAAUGCUAAUUUUGUGCAUACUAUGUGUGUAAUUUAUGUAUAAGUACAUGUACAGUAUGUAUAUGAUUCAAAUUAUAUGCUUCCCUUUAAUUUAUUUUAUUGGAUUGUUCAUUGCUAAAUGUUGAAAAUAUGUCUUACAUAUCAUUGACCAAUAUGUAAAUGAUUGUACCAUUUUAAACAAUUUAUUUUUUUCAGGUGUCACAAAUAUUUUAAUACCACAAACAAGAAAAAAAAAAAUUCUCUGCAUGUCUCAUUGUUUUAAAAUAUUGAUUUCUUUUUGUAUUCUUCCAGAACUAUUGAACUGUAAUAUAUUUAUAUCAUUUUAACACUGCAUUCUGUAUAGAUGUAUAUACAUGCAUAUAAAAAUGUUAUUUUAAAUGGCUGAUUGAAAAGAUUUACACAGGGUAAGUGUUUGUAGUAUUUUAAUGAUAUGUCGAUGUUGCCAAGUUCAGAUUGAUAAUCAUACCUAGGAUCUACAUGUAUCAUAUUCACCUAUCAACAUACCUGGUUAGAAGAACACCUCCAUGUAUAUAUGAUCCUUUGGUUGUGAUAUAUGUGAGUAUUUGCAGUGUAAUUUGUUGAUAUUGAUAGAUGAAUGAAUGAAAGAAGUGUUUGGUCUUAUCAGCUGAUGUCAUCAUAAGGUGAUGGAGAGGGAAGGGUUCUGUUACCCGAGUUGUAUUUGAAGCUCCUAAGACACCUAACUUUAGUUUCCAGAAUUAUGCACUUUGUUUGUUAGGCCUUUAUUUAAGGUGUUUCAGUAAAGCCUCAUGCAAACAUGGCAUGACAAAGCUCUACAAUAUUAAUGUCAUGUUCAGACAUUGAAACAAUUCACUCCGCUUAUUUGCAUCUCUUGCAAUAAAAAAUGUAUCCAAAGUUUGUGGAGACAAAUUCAUGACAUUUAAAAUAUUUUAUAUCAAGAUGGUUUUAUGCCUCUCUCUUUUUUUUAUCAGUCCACAACACUUUAAAGCCACCGCACACCUUACGAUUGGUCUGCGACCCAAUUUUAGAAUGAAACAUAGUAGAAUUUGAUGCUAUAAUUAAGACAUGGAGUAUCUUACUGUGUAAUGUUCUAAGUUAUGGCACGAAUACCUAUGUUCAAAUAUGUGACUAUGCUGUCAUCCUUAUUAGAAUAAAAGCGAAUUUAAUAUCUAGUCGUAAUGACGUCAUAACAAUCAUACGAUUGGUUACGAUUUGAAACAUAAUUUGGCCUUUACACCAAAAUAAAGGUUUGUAAUCAUCCAAAAUUGUUAUAUUAGUAUUCUUUCAGUUAAUUUGAACCUCAAAUAAAAAGACACUUUUCGUUCACAUUUUCAGAAAAUGAGCAAAACCUGUUUUAACCCAAAAUCGGAUCGUGGACCAGACGUAAGAUGUGAGGUGGCCUUUAGCCCUUUGAAGAAAAAUAUAUCCUGCACCUGUAAAUGUAUUUUGAUCCUUAUAUCCCAUUGUUCUUGAACACAGAUGUUGCUUAGCUUUUUGAAGAACUUUGUCACGCCAAAUCCAAAAAUGAUUUCUAUUUCCCAUCAACUAAAGUUGAAAUAAUAUGCUGAUAAAGAUUAAAAUUCCUAAUGUUCAAAUACAUGACAUAUGCAAGGUUAAGUUUAUGAUAGAAUUUAAUCAAGAUUACUUG